AUGCGAAAAGCAGAAAGACUUGCAGACUUGCGCCUUCACACCAACCCUUCAGGCACUGUUGCUCGUACCCCAGCAAAAGCAGCAGCAAGGUGUGCUUCCUCAGCACCGAUGGAGAGUGCGGCUCUUCCUGAGGUGUCUGCUGCUGCUGCUGCUGCUGUGGGGAAGCCUUCUGAGGCUGCUGAGUGGCAGCUCCUGCAGCAGCUCCCGCAGCAGCUGUGCAUUUCUGCCUUUGCGGCUGGAACCAUCUGCAGCUUUGCUGCCCGUAAGAGCUGCACUGCGGCAGCAGCAGCUGCACACCUGUACAGACAGCUUCACCAGGAGGCUGUGCUGCUGCUGCAGCAGACUGCUACAGCCUUGCCACUGGCGCUGCUCGAAGGCAGAGCUAGAGGACAGGAAAUUGGUUUAAUUUGAUGGCUCUGCCCCUUUCUCUCAGAGACUCUGUUGGCUUCAGAGGAUCCGUUCGCACGCGCCUUCGCGCCGUGCAUGCAGCAGCAGCAGCAAAGGCAGAAGCAGCGGCAGCACACGCACCUUCCGUUAAUCCCCCUUUCCGCGCAGCAGCUGCUGUCAGUCCUCAAGUGGAUGGCGCCUUUGCAUGCAGCAGCUCAGCAGCAGCAAAAGCAGCAGCAGCGAAGGCUUCUAAAGGCGUCGCAUGCAGCCUCAGUGGAGAAAAAAGACGGAGCUGCUAUCCAGCUGGCAGUGUGGGUAGCCGCGUGGAGGAGGCUGUUGGCGCUGCUCUUCGAGUCUUUGCCUCAUUUGCAGCAGCAGCAGCGGCUUGCUCUGUUGCACACAGCAGCAGCAGCAGGCAUGCCUCUGCAGCUCCCUCUCGAAUGCGUCCUAGACUCCAUUUCCGCAGAAGGCGCUGAGGAGCUCUCCUUGCAUCAGCAGCAGCUGAUACUCGCUUCCAUUGCUGAGACUCUGUCUCUCAGAGACGCUACUACCGUCGCUGCAGCAGCAGCUAAAGACAGCGCUGCAGCAACAGCUGAAGACGGCGCUGCAGCAGCAGCAAUUUUGCCGGCAAGAGCAGUAGUAAGCCUCUGUAAGGCAAUGCCACGCUGUUUGCUGCUGCAGCGUCACAAAGCGGAGACUGCAGCAUCAGCAGCAACAGCCACUGCAACGGCAUUCGCAACUCCAACAACAGCAGCUCCUCCAGAAGUGCUGCAUUUGCUGCUGCUGCACUUGCCACGGGCUGCCCUUGCAGCAAAUGCAGCAGCAAAUGCAGCAGCAGCAGCAGCAGCAGCAGCAGCAUCAACGGAGCAGAGCCUUCCUGCAAUCUCCGCAAAAGCAGCAGACACGGCAGCGGCAGCAGUACUGCACGAGGCGUCUCGCACUUUUGACUUGCUGUCUCAUCAUGUGCUCCCUACCUUAAGUCAUAUUCCUGAGGCUUUGCUGCUCUCAGCCGCGGAGAGUUUGCGUUUCCAGCUGCUAGUCAAGGAAGAGAAGCAGCAGCGUGAGAAGCGCCAGUCGCUGGAGCAAGCGAUUGUAGCCGCUCCCGCUGUAUUUAGUGGCUUCGAGGAACUGUUGGUGGCUGUAGCGGCUGAAGGCGCUCGGCGUUCUCAGCAGCUGCAACUGCAACCGAGCUCGCUGGAGUUUCUGCUGCUGCGCUGUACGGAGAUCGCAAGAGCGAUCUGGCUGUUGAAGCAGAUUUCUGAGAAGCAGCAGCAGCGGCUUUAUGGGAGCUGCAUGCAGAUGUUCGAGGUAUGUCAGCAGCAGUACUCAAAGCCUCUCGACGGUGUGCAUGUUUCUGCAAUGUGCGCUGCUUAUGGGGAUGCUGCCUGCAGAGGCUGGCGAGCUCUCUUGAGAGGCGAACUUUAG